UCGUUGAUCUGCAUGGAGAGGGGUGGAAGAUGAGGAAAAGGCAGGUAAACGAGCCAGUGUGUAGCACAUUGCUGAACUCAUCGACACCUACACCCUGUUCUGGAUUCCAAAUGACGCAUUUUAAUCUUUUCUUUUGUGAUAAUAGUUGUGGAGCAGUUUUUGGAUCAUGACCUUUCGUCCACUGCAGCAGGCUAAUAUUCAGUGGCGGCUGUUGUGCACUCAGAACCACACUAACAGUGAAUAAUUAAUGUCUUGGAUUAGUAUGGCCUUUGUGAAAUACUGGUUUAAUGGACACAUUCGAGAAACAAAUGCCGUUUUAAGGUCACAGCCCCCAAUGUUUGAUAUAUUUACUUUCAGGCAACACUUAACUAACCGGCCCUGUCUAAUCAUUCUUCUGCGCGUAAAUUCGCGCGUAAAAGGAAAAUAAAAAGCAGCUGGAAUGAGACACCACAUACUGUCUAGUAACAGUAACCAAGGAGAUCACCUGAGAGCUGUAAAGUACACCCCACAUGCAUAAGCCUCCAUCCAUCUGCCACCUUCUUUCCUACAAAAUGGAUUUUCUUGCUUCUCAAGAUUUAAAAAAAAAAAAAAAAACAUCUUCAGUAAAUGGCGGACGCCCUGCAUUACAGCACCGAAUUGUCUUGAAACGCAAUUGAGAAAACACAAGAAAAGCAUGAAUCCCCUUUGUGUAAGCUGAUUGAAAUGCUGCACUGUGCUUGAAAUUGUUUUUUCGACCUUAUAUGGCUACGUGGGUGCAGUCGUCUCCAACGCUUGGCGCGCAGCCAACCUCCCCGGCUCACUACAGCUCGUCGCCAGAGUGAGUUUUAGAUCUGCCAGACCUACAUAGCUGUGCGAGAGGAUUCAGCAAAGCCUCGCCAUGAUUUCUCCUCCUCUGUAACAUUUUCUGAUAUUACACACGAAGCCAUCUUGAUCUCCAUUGACAUAUUUCCUUCUGCUCUGAAAGAGUCUGGGUAGGGGGUGAAUUUAGCUCUUGUUUUGAACGCCUAAAACCUCGCCCAGUAAUGGCGCAGCAGCAUUUUCGAGCACAUAAUGAUCUCCUUUGUGUGUGAGUGUGAGAGUGAAGAAGCCAUUUUGAAAAGAGAACAGCAGAGAAGCCAUUUAACGACAGUGCAUAUCAAAGGUCGUUUUGGACAUUGGGCGACAGCAAUUUCUAGAAGAUGAACUUUAUCCCUCAGUUCUUUUAUACAUAUAAAAAAACUUGAUUUACAUAACCCACUCCUUCCCUACAAGGAUUACCGUUAUUAUAAUUACCUGUAAGUUUGGAAAAUAGUACUUCAGAUUAUUAUUUUUGUAUUUUGCAGACUGCUUUAAUGUUUGCUCUGUCAAGGAAAGUAAAAUAACAAAUAAUGUUGUCACAUCUGUUUUUCCUCAUACAAAUUAUACUGUAGUUUAACGUAUAAAACUCAGCAGGGGAAUCCAUAAACGUUUACCUUUGAUAAAGAUUCCUGUGCCAGAUGCUGAACAGUUUUCCUUCUUCUAAAUGAAGAACGUUCGCAUUUACAGCUGCCCUGUUUCCAGGAAGAGGGAGAUGGUUUGCAUAUUGCUCACUGAAACUGCUUGCAGAUACUCAGUAUUUUAAGUCGUUGGUCAGAGGAACCUUACGUGCUUUAAAUAACAAAUGAAUAGAAGAAAUAGUUACACUGCACUUGUUUUUCUUCCUUUUUAGGCGUUCCACCCCCACCCCUUCAUAAAACAGUUAUAGAGGAUCAGAAGAUGGAAAUGAAAACGUUCCUUUUCCUUCGCCGUGUAGGCCUGAUAAAUGUAUUUCAUCAAAAUGUUAAGGUUUGGCGAACGGCAUGGAGAAAAACCAUCCCGUUUGCAGUUCGGGGGAGAAACGAAGUCACCAUUGGAGAAGUUACAAGUUGAUUAUUGACCCAGCGUUAAAAAAGGGAUCGCAUAAGCUGUACCGCUAUGAUGGACAGACUUUUAACAUGCCCAACUCCGGGAUGCCACCCGUGGACAUGGUCAGGGAUCCGAGAAUCGGCCGCCUCUGGACCAAGUACAAGGAGACGGAUCUCCCGGUUCCAAAAUUCAAGAUUGACGACUGCUAUAUUGGGCCCGUGCCUCCAAAGGAGGUGACUUUCGCCAGGCUGAACGACAACAUACGGGAGGGUUUUCUUAGCGACAUGUGCAAGAAAUUUGGAGACAUUGAAGAAGUGGAAAUUUUAUACAAUCCGAAGAACAAAAAACACUUGGGAAUCGCUAAAGUGGUAUUCGGAACUGUUAAAUCCGCCAAGGAGGCGGUGCACAAUCUGCACAACACAACUGUGAUGGGCAACAUCAUCCACGUGGAGCUGGACCCAAAAGGUGAAAAUCGCCUGCGGUACUUCCAGCUCCUCAUCAAUGGCACUUACACGCCUCGCACCCUUCCAGUGGGGGGUGGGGACCACCGGGGGGUGUCCCCCACCGCCAUCGCUGAAGCACUGCUGGAGCCUAUCCGACGGUUGUCGGAGAGCAGUUUGUCCAGCCUGGUGGGGGGCGGAACGUCCACCCCGGGCACGGGCACGGGCACUCCCCUCUCCCAGGACACGGCCUACAGCAGCCUGAAGCAGCAGCCCGACACGCCCCAGUCCCAGAACACCAGCACGCCCCGCCCCUCGGGCACGCCCUUCUCCCAAGACUCCUCCUACUCCAGUCGUCAGGCCACGCCCACCUACCCCCCGGGCUCGGGUGGCCGGCUGGACGCGUCCGGCGGCAGCGGCUACAAGUCCCGCCGGCACGAGACUCGCUUCCACGACGCGUACAACCGCCGGCCCGAGCGGCAUUACGUGCACCUGAACACGCCGUCCGACCAGCCGCCGCCGUUUAAGCCCCAGCAGCCCCCCGAGCCCCCUGGGCCGGCCCCCGUCCCAGGCCCCGCCCCCACGUUCGCCCACACCCCUCCCCCUCCGGUCGGCGGCGGCUUCAAGUCGGCGUUCUCGCAGUACCAGCCCCCCAUGCCCCCCGCGUACCCCCCGGCCGAGCCCCCAUACCCCCAGCAGCCCGUGCAGCGGGAGGGGGAGUACCGGCGCCCGCCACAGCCCACCACCCCCGAGUUCCCGCCCGCGGCGGGCCGAGACCGAGACCGGCCCGAGACGCCGCCGAUGCCCGAGCCCCCUCCGGUGCCCACGACGGUGGGACCGUCGACGCCGCCCGGUAGUGCCCGCACUCCCUCGCCGUGCCCGUCGCCUGGCGGUGCCUCCUCCCCGCCGCUGGAGUCGGAGCGGCACAGCCUGGACUCGCGCAUCGAGAUGCUGCUGAAGGAGAAGCGCACCAAGCUGCCCUUCCUCAGCGAGCGCAGCAGCGCCGGCGACUCGGACACCGAGGUGCGCAUGGAGGGCAGCCCCAUCUCCUCCUCCUCCUCGCAGCUCUCGCCCAUCCCCCCCUCCUCCUCGGCGCACCCCCUCCUCCCGCACCAGCCCCCCUCCUCACGGCCCUCCAGCACCGGCCUGGAGGACAUUAGCCCCACGCCGCUGCCCGACUCCGACGACGAGGACCCGGUCCAGGGGACGGCCAGCAAGGUGGCGGCCCUGCUCCAUAACGCCCGGACCGGCUGCAGCUCGCCCAGCAGCUCCCUGGCCAAAGGCCUGGGGGGCAUGGGCACCGCUACCGGCACCGGCACCACCGACCUGCAGGACAGACACCUCACACCUACAGACAAAAUGGAUGUGGGUAACCACUCCUCAGGCGAGGACAUGGACAUCUCGGACGACGAGAUGCCAGGCACGCCCCCCUCGGGCGACAAGGCCAUCGUGGUCAACUCCAUGGUGUCCCCCCUACCCCCUCAGGCCAUGCCCAUGCCCCCGCCCGGCUACACCUCUCUGGCCCACGCCCAGGCCGGCUUUGGCCUCCCGCCCCACCACCACUUACCAGGACCUCCGGGGGUGCCCCCGCCCAUGAUGCCCCCGUUGCCCCCCUACCCGCCGGGCAUGAUCCCCAUGAUGCCUGUGGACCUGAUCAGCUGCCUGCCCCAGUGGGGCGUGAGCAUGUCCUUCCAGAUGCAGACGCAGAUGCUCAGCCGCAUGGCACAGAGCCAGAGACACUACUCCUACCCGCAUUACAUGGCCGGCUCGGCUGCCGCUGCUGCUGCGGCCGCUGCCGCCGCAGGGUCCAUGGCUUUCGGAGGGCCCUACGCCCCCUUGUCCAUGGCCAGCGCCCCUUCGGGGAGCGUGGGUCACGGGCAGCAGCCAUGGUCCAUACCGCCGGUGCCCAAGUUCAACCCUGCCGUGCCGCCGCCUGGGUUUGAGCCCAAGAAGGAGGAUCCGCACAAAGCCACGGUGGACGGCGUGCUCCUUGUUAUCGUGAAAGAGCUAAAGGCCAUCAUGAAGAGGGACUUGAACCGCAAGAUGGUGGAGGUGGUGGCCUUCAGGGCCUUUGAUGAGUGGUGGGAGAGGAAGGAGCGGUCGGCUAAGGCCUCGCUGACACCGGUGAAAGCUGGCGAAGGGAAGGAGGAGGAGAAAGAAAAGCCAAAGCCCAAAGAGACCGUGGUGUCCAGCUUGCUGGAGAACUGGAACAAGGGCGAGGGCCUUGGCUAUGAAAGCAUGAGCAUGGGCCUGGGCAUCGGUCUACGCGGUGCCAUCAGACUACCAUCCUUCAAGGUGAAACGGAAGGAGCCUCCUGAUGCCGCCUCGACAGCAGACUCCAAGAGGGUGAGGCCAUCGACGCCAGUCGACGAUGAGAUGGACGACGAAGAGUCCGAGCGGGACCGAGAAACAGCCGAUCCGUCGGACGGCUCGCGGCAGGAAGGAGACGGCUCUGCCCGCCGAAGACUGGCGCGGCCGCUGGACAGCGAGGGAGAGGAGGAGGAAGAUGAGGAGGAAGAGGAGUCCUCAGAGAAGGAGGAGGUGGCAUCGGACCGGGACGAGGAUCGUGACGAAGUGGCCUCCGAGAGGCUGUCUGCAAAGGUGGAGGAGGAAGAGGAGGAGGACAGAGAUUCCGAGUCCAGCGGUAGCGAGUCCUCUGACUCAUCUGAUGAGGAAGCCGGCAGCUCCUCUUCCUCCAAAGCCUCGUCGGACUCUUCCUCCGGCAGCGACUCCUCGUCAGAAUACGAGUCCAGCUCAGACGACGAAGAGGAGGAAGAGGAGGAGGAUGACAUGCAGGUGGAGGUGGAGGAGGAAGAAGAGGAGGAGGAAGAGCAGGAGAAGGAGGAGACCGAAGCGCCGGCCGAAGCAGCCACACGAAGCUCAACCUCCUCAUCCUCCUCCUCCUCAUCCUCUGGCGAGGAGGAGGAGGAAGAGGAGGAAGAAAAGCAGCAGCAGCAGCGGGAGGAGGAAGAGGAGGUGGAGGAUGCGGCAGCGGCAGCCGUGGCGGCGGUGCUGGAGCCCAAGGCCGGGGCGCCAUCGUCGCCCCCUGCUGUACGGGUGGCGGAGGCCAGAGACGAGGCCCUGGAGCUGGAGAGGCAGAGGCUGCGCACCGACCCCGAGGCCCAGCAGAGGGCUAUCAGAGAGGCCGCGGAGGCCGUCGGGUCCCUGCGCUCGCCCUCGCGCCCGCCCUCGCCCAAAGGGAUGCCAGACGAGGAGCCUGAGAGUGACCUGGAGCUGCCGCUGCCCAAGGAGCCCGCGGAGGACGAGGGGGGGGUGCUGAGGCCCCCCACCCCCACCGGCUCCCUGGCCGACAGCGACCACGAGGCCCCGCGGGGCCCCAAGACCAAGGGCAAGACCCGGGGCCCCCAGCCCCAGCCCCAGCCACCCCACCAGGAGAUCCCCCGCACCCCAGGUCGUGAACACCCGCUCCCCCCCCUGCCCAACGCCAUCGCCACCCCCCCUGGCUCCGGCCCUCCCCCCCUGCCCUCUCUCCACCUCCCGCUCCCCCUCCCCACGCACUCGCUACCCACCACCCCAGAUUCACGCACGGGACACCCGCCGUCGUCGUCCUCCCUCCUCCACCCGCCGCAACCCGGCCUCCCGCUCGCCGACCUCCUGACGACCUCGCGGCCCCGUCUGCCCACGGACGAGGACAUCCCCCGCACGCCGGGACGAGAGAUGCCCGUUCGCGGCGGGAGCCUGUCCAAGUCGCACAGCACGGAGAGCGUGCCGGUCACGCCGGGCAGCGAGGGCUACCAGCUGUCGGGCCGCGGCAGCCUGUCACUCGGCCUGGGCUCCCCGCACGUCCCCGGCAGCCCCUUCGCCUACCCGGCCCAGUCUCCCGUGCUGAGCGCCGGCAUCCCGCGCACGCCGGGUCGGGACCUGACCUUCGGGCCCGUCUUCACCACCGUCACGCCGCCUGAUCCCUCCUCGGCCCUCGCCGCCGCCGCAUCAUCAUCAUCAUCAUCAUCCACGGGGCUUCCCGUGCCACACCGAACGGGCUCGGACUCGACCCCGGGCGACAAGGUGGUCUUCAAGGAGCCCGUGGUCUCGCUGCCCUGCCUGCCCAUCCCCCCCCACGCCGCCUCCUCGGUGUUACCCGGUGUGCCCCAGGAAGGCGUCACGCCCCCUGCUGCUGCUGCUGCUGCUGCUGCUGGUACUUUCGGCUCGUACCCGGGCCCUGCUGAUGGCGAGCUGCCCAAAGACGUGCCCCUGCCCGCGGACGGCGCUACCGCCGCCAUCAUCACUCCGACCAAAAAGAAGGCCGGCCGGCCCAAAAACAAAAAGAUGGCCGCCGCACAGGCUUACGCUGAGCAGCAGCUGCUCCUGGCCUCUCAGCCCCCUCACCCCCCUCACCCCCACGACCUCCAGACCUCUCUCACAGCGCCCGCAGCGGAGCCUCCCGCACCUGGGACCACGUACCCGGAGCCCCUGCCAAAGCCAGCCCCAAACCAGGCACCCGGCCUCAGUGCUGCUGCUGCUGCUGGCAUCCACACAGGCCGGGACCCAUCCACACUGGGCCUGGACUUCAGGGAACCAGCAGAGCGGGAGGAGGAGGAUGAGGACCUGAAACCACCACCACGGCCACGUUCCCCCUCGCCACCUCGAGACCACCUCACCACCUCCACCUCACCCCCGCCACCACCCUUCCCCUUACCCUCGUCCCCUCCGACGCCGCCCCACCACCAGACCGACCUGUCGGACAUGGACCUGUUCCUGGAGGACGGGCCGCUGCAGGCCAAGACGCGGCGCGCCCGGCGGGGCUGGGAGGAGCUGCUGCGCACCAUGCACUCGCCCGUCAGCCACUCGCCGCCGCCGCGGCCCGCCUUCGUGGCGCGCUCGGACUUCGAGGAGAUGACCAUCCUGUACGACAUCUGGAACGACGGCAUCGACGAGGAGGACAUCCGGCACCUGCAGGUGACGUACGAGCGACUGCUGCAGCAGGACAGCGGCGCCAACGACUGGCUCAACGACACGCUCUGGGUGCACCACCCCCCUACCAACCUGAACGUGCCAGGCGUGAAGCGCAAGCGUCGUGACGAGGGCUCGAGUGACCACGUGACCGGUUGCGCCCGCAGCGAGGGAUACUACAAGAUCGACAAGAAGGACAAGCUCAAGUACCUCAACAGCGCGCGCCUGCCCUCCGACGAGCUCACCGAAGAGGAAUCACAGGGUGUGCAUAAGCCAGCGCAGCCUCAGGGCUCCACGCGGUCGGGCUCGGAGAGGCGCUCAGAACAGCGUCGCCUGCUGUCCUCCUUCAGCUGCGACAGCGACCUGCUCAAGUUCAACCAGCUCAAGUUCCGUAAGAAGAAGAUCCGCUUCUGCAGGUCGGGUAUCCACGACUGGGGCCUGUUCGCUCUGGAGCCUAUUGCUGCGGAUGAGAUGGUCAUCGAAUACGUAGGCCAGAACAUCAGACAGGUGAUUGCGGACAUGCGAGAGAAGCGCUAUGAGGAGGAGGGUAUCGGCAGCAGCUAUAUGUUCCGCGUGGACCAUGACACCAUCAUCGACGCCACCAAGUGCGGAAACUUUGCCCGCUUCAUCAACCACAGCUGCAACCCGAACUGCUAUGCCAAGGUGAUCUCGGUGGAGUCCCAGAAGAAGAUCGUCAUCUACUCCAAGCAGCCCAUCAGCGUCAACGAGGAGAUCACCUACGACUACAAGUUCCCCAUCGAGGACGUCAAGAUCCCCUGUCUGUGCGGCGCCGAGAACUGCAGAGGAACCCUCAACUAAGCCUGGAGGAGGAACUAGAGGGGGGAACCAUCUGGAACCAUCUCCCUCCCUCCCUCCCUCCCAGCCCAGACACCCAAGGCCAGCGCUCUACAGGAACCUGGAGAGUGGCGACCUGAGAAGAACGUCAUGAGAAGAACGUGGACAUCAGAGAGGAUAAGAAGAAGGAGGGAGGGAGGAGGAGAGAAAAGAAGAGAAGAGAAGAGGAGUUGGCCUGUCAAUCGUGUCAUUCUCCUAUUACAAAUGUGCAGCUAGCUGUUGUUCUCAAACGACACAGAAGACAAAACAACUGACCAGACGGACAAAAACGAAAAAAAGACAAACGACAAAAAAACGUAAACUAAAAAAAAAAAACCACAAGAUGAUUGUUUACGAUUCCAGGUGCUUUUCUUCCUAUUGUGUACAGAUGUGACCCAGAUGACUUUGUACCACUCACCUCACCUCACCUCACCACACCUCGCCUCACCUCCCCCUCUACCCUCCUUAGUGCAACCACAACUCUGCCAUCUAACGCCUCAAAGCAUCUUGUCUGCCUAUAUGCUUCAUUCUGACCUCUUUUUUUCGGAGGCAAUUGGGGCAAAUAGAGGUUGAGGGAGCAAGUGGUCACUCUCGUACUCCCCUUUCUGUCUGUCUGCACCCCCUCACAUCCUCCCUUCCCUUGCCGAGUUAGCGGAGU